CGGCCAGUCGCGCGCUGCACUCUGGGAGUGAUUGAGGAAGUAAAAUGGCGGAUUUAGCGAACGAAGAAAAGCCUGCCAUUGCUCCACCCGUCUUUGUGUUUCAGAAGGAUAAAGCACAGAAGUCCCCUGCAGAGCAAAAAGGUUUGUCGGAUUCAGGCGAGGACCCACAGGGAGAGGCUGAGUCCCCCCACGGUGGUAUGGGUCACACAGAAUCAGCUGGUGAGCGCGACUUUGAGCUUCCUGCUCCCGCUGUUGCCUCAGUCAGUACUCUGAUUCCUGCUUCUGAAGCCCAGCUUGCUCCUAUUCAACAAGAACUGGCAGGGAGGUCAGCAGAUGGGUCAAGUCCAGAAGAUGGAGAAGAAUCUGACCGUGAGGAUGGGAGUUACUGUCCUCCUGUAAAACGUGAAAGAACUUCAUCUUUAACACAGUUCCCUCCUUCACAGACAGUAACAAAGAACAAUGUCUUUAUGCCAUCAAGCUUCUGUGAACCUUCUGCAGGAAAUUCUGACUCAGAACCAGAGGAAAAGAGCAGUGGAUUCCGGCUGAAACCACCAACACUUAUCCAUGGCCAGGCACCCAGCGCAGGUCUCCCAAGCCAGAAACCUAAGGAACAGCAACGAAGUGUACUACGCCCUGCAGUUUUACAAGCACCACAGCCUAAGGCUUUUUCACAAAUGGUUCCCAGCAGUGGGACCAAUGGUGUAAACAUCCCACCAGACUCUGCAGUGGCAGCCACAUCAGAAUCAUUAAGUAACACAACACAGAAAGUUUCUGACGCUGAAGACCAGGUGAGAGAAUGUCAGAAAAAUGAGUCUAACAAUACUUCAGAGGAUGAAAACGGCGAGAAGUCAGAGCACAAUGCACAGCAAGCAUUUGUAUUUGGGCAAAACUUAAGAGACAGAGUUAAGUUGGGAGAUGAAAGUGAUGAAACAGCAGAUGUACAGAAUGCUGGGCUUCCAAGCUUGGAAACACCAUCGGCAACAAACUACUUUCUGCAAUACAUCAGUUCCAACCCACCAAAAUCAAAUGAAGCAGGUACAGAAAGUAGCAAGGAAAAUGCUGCUACAGAAUCUGGCUCUGAAUCUUCUUCACAGGAAGCUACUCCAGAGAAAGAAUCACUGGCAGAGUCUGCAGCAGCCUAUACUAAAGCAACAGCAAAGAAGUGUUUACUGGAGAAGGUAGAGGUGAUCACUGGGGAAGAAGCAGAGAGCAAUGUGUUACAGAUACAAUGCAAGUUGUUUGUGUUUGAUAAGAACUCUCAGUCUUGGGUGGAAAGAGGUAGAGGACUUCUGAGACUCAAUGACAUGGCAUCAACAGAUGAUGGAACGUUACAAUCUCGACUAGUAAUGCGGACUCAGGGGAGUCUCAGGUUAAUCCUGAACACCAAGCUCUGGGCUCAGAUGCAGAUUGACAAAGCCAGUGAAAAGAGUAUCCGUAUCACAGCCAUGGAUACAGAGGACCAGGGAGUCAAAGUUUUUCUGAUAUCGGCAAGCUCUAAAGAUACAGGACAGCUGUAUGCUGCAUUACACCAUCGGAUCUUGGCUCUACGGUGUAGAGUGGAACAAGAGCAAGAAGCAAAGAUCACAGCACCUGAGCCAGAGGUAACACAAUCAAAUGAAGAAGAUAGUGAUGAUGAUGUCAUUGCUCCUUCAGGAUCAGCUGGAAGUGGUCCUAAUGAUGAAGGAGAUGGGCAGAAUAUUGGCAGCACAUAGCAGCUGUGAGGCCAUCUGCCUGCAAGGCUGCUGCAAACACCAUCUUGCAGGCACCUCUGUGGAUACCCCAGGCCAGCGAUUGUUCCAGGCAGUGCUGAAGGCUCCAGGACUUAGGAACUGUGCAUCCCUGUUCUGUUUGUUUGGUUUUUUUGGUCUGGAUCAGUAGAUUCCACAAAAAAAGCAGACUUGGAAACUGCCUGAAUGUGGUUUGGGACAUGAAAGCUCAUCAUAUUGAUGAGCAGAAAAAUAACAUUUCCCCUUUUCCUUGUAAUUGAAAUGGCACAUUAUGACUUGUCACAGCUUUUCAUUGGGACCUUUUGACUGUUUCUUCAGUAGCUCAUGUUUUGCAGGCCUCUGAGAUAGAACUUUCCAGCACGGUUCCAACUUGAAUUCUUCUUUCUUAACCCCCGCUUCUCCCUUUUCAGUUCCUGCUGCCUGCAGAGAAGCUGUGCUCUUCUCUGUUCAUGCACUCACUGAUUACCCUUCUGGCUUCAUUCUCUUUGGAUUGCAGAGAGGGCAGCAUUUUUUUACCUUAAUCCCAACGUAAUUUGUGGAUACCAUUGUCCUUUGUCGGUCGGUCUGUACCCAGAGGUUACAAAAAAAGUUGUCUUGACAGGAAAGCCUUGUACUGAGUUAAUAAGAAACUUUAAAGUUCACUGGAAAUUUUGCUAACCCUUUUCUUCUUCCCUCCCACUUCCAAUAUUAUUAUUUGGGGGUUUAUAUUGUGCUGAUACUUUUUUUAUUUUAGAUCUGAAUAAGAUGCUCUUGUGUGUUGAGAAAGUGAAACUAUUGUUUUGUACUGUUCUUUUCUGUUACUAUUUAAGGGAGAGCUAAGCCACUAUAAAUAAUAGGUGUUGCAUACAAUUUUUCAUAGUAAACUUAUGUUCUUGUGGCUGUGAUUAAAGCUUAGGAUGGCAUACAGAUCACACACCUUCAGAACAGCUAUAAAACAGCUGUCUGCCUUUGGAAGAAUGAGAUGGGCUCAUUUGGUGAGUUGGGUAAGCCAUUUCAACAGAUCUGUACACAAAAAAGCUGUUCUCAUUAAAGGUGUCUACAUUGCAGUUAGACACGUGCACUGGCCCAUGCUAGCUGACAGGGGCUUGGGCUGGUGGGCUGUGUCAUUGCAGUGUAGACGUCUGGAGUCGGGCUGCAGCACAAGCUCUGGGACUCUCCCAACUCGCAGGGUCCCAGGACUCAGGCUC